CACAUGAAGUCAUGCACGCACAUAUUGCCUGUGUCUUUGAUGCCUCCUUGUCUGCUCUCCUGACUGCAGAAGCUUGACAGGAUUCUGCACCUGAUGAGACGUCUUCUACAAGACCCUCUCAUCUUUAUCCCGUCUCUCCCUGCUGCUGCCGCUGUUUUAGAGGUUUUCUGCAUGCGUAAUAGUAAAUAAUUCACUGUCAGCGGCACUGCAAACAGGUCCUGGUGGAGAGAAAGCAGCCUCGCUCAUCAUUCCUGCAGUGGGCAUCCUGGCAGCAGCUCCUGACAGGGACACAGAAAAAGACUGCACAGAUCCAGGGAGGCUGCAGAGCACCCACGCCCACCGAGGAUACACAGGCUUACCCUUAUUCGCCCUCCUUUCUACCUUCCUUUCCUCUCUCACCCACAUCCCAUCUUAUCUCUCUCUCUCUUUUGUGCGCUUGUGCUGUAGACAAGCUGACCACCGCCUCUCAAACACGCCACUUGCUACUGAUCUAAAACUUUAAGAAGAAGCUCACUCAGACAGCUCCCCUUUCCUCCCGACCAACGAUGCUGGAAAUCGGACCAAGAUGGGUGAGGCUAGCCUGCUUGUCGGUUCUGUGUCUGUUUCUCUGCCUGCCGGGGCAGUCAGACAGCAGGAGAGCCCCAAAGAUACCCCGCUGCCCUGCAACCUGUUCCUGCACCAAAGACAGUGCCUUCUGUGUGGAUACCAAGGCUAUCCCCAAGAGUUUCCCCCCUGGAAUCAUCUCUCUGACAAUGGUGAACGCAGCCUUCACUACGAUCCCUGAGGGAGCCUUCUCACACCUUCACUUGCUGCAGUUCCUACUCUUGAAUUCCAACACCUUCACUACUAUAGCUGAUGAUGCUUUUGCUGGUCUGGCUCACCUGCAGUACCUGUUCAUUGAGAACAACGACAUCCAGGCUCUCUCGAAGCAUACCUUCAGAGGACUCAAAUCUCUGACUCAUCUCUCUCUCUCAAACAACAACCUGCAGCAGCUGCCCAGAGAUCUCUUCAAACAUCUAGACAUCCUCACAGAUCUAGACCUGCGUGGGAACUCUUUCCGCUGUGACUGUAAAAUCAAGUGGCUUGUAGACUGGAUGGAGAAGACCAACACUUCUGUUCCCGCCAUCUACUGCGCCAGCCCCUUUGAAUUCCAAGGACGCAGAAUCCGCGACCUUACACCACGAGACUUCAACUGCAUCAGUGCAGAUUUUGCAGUGUACGAAACCUUCCCUUUCCACUCUGUGUCAGUUGAGUCCUAUGAGUUCAAUGGAGAUCAGUUUGUGGCCUUUGCUCAGCCUGAUUCGGGGUUCUGCACCCUGUAUAUAUGGGAUCACGUGGAAAUGGUUUUCAGGAGGUUUCACAACAUUACCUCUCGUUCCGCCGUGUACUGCAAACCCGUGGUGAUUAACAACACACUUUACAUGGUCGUGGCUCAACUUUUCGGUGGAUCUCACAUAUACAAGUGGGAAGAGGACCCGCAGCGCUUUGUAAAGAUCCAAGACAUUGACACCAGUCGAGUAAGGAAGCCCAACUUUGUGGAGACCUUCCAGCUGGACGGCGAAUGGUACUUUGUGGUAGCAGACAGCUCCAAGGCGGGCUCCACUAGCAUUUAUCGGUGGUACAGCAAUGGUUUCUACUCCCACCAGUCCCUCCAUCCCUGGCAUCGAGACACCCACGUCGAGUUCCUUGACGUUGGGGGAAAGCCUCAUCUCAUCCUCUCCAGCGCCUCUCAACCACCGGUGGUUUACCAGUGGAACCGAAGCCAAAAACAGUUUGCUUUCCACUCGCAGAUCACAGAGCUGGCCGAUGUACAGAUGGUUAAGCACUUCUGGGUGAGGAAAGUUCUUUACCUCUGUCUAACACGCUUCAUCGGUGACUCCAAGAUCCUCCGCUGGGAAGGGCAGCGUUUUGUGGAAAUCCAGACUCUCCCCUCCAGGGGCUCAAUGGCAGUGUAUCCUUUCAUCGUGGGCCUUCGCCAGUACCUCAUUCUUGGAAGCGAUUUCUCCUUCUCCAGGGUAUACCUGUGGGAUGAUCUCACUCAGCGCUUUCAGCCCUUCCAAGAGCUCAACAUGAGAGCCCCAAGGGGGUUCAAUUUGGUGUCCGUGGACAACAAGGAUAUCCUGCUUGCCGCCAGCUUCAAAGGCAACACCCUAGCCUACCAGCACCUGGUGGUGGAUCUCAGUGCCAAGUAGACACGUUCGAGCAACAAGAGGUGUUCCUGGAUAUGUGUCAAACGUGCCAAACGAGUAAAAGACUGUUUUUGCCAUGGAAAUAAAAGUCUGCUGUUUCCUCUGAUGUUUUAAGCGAGGCAAUUAAUUAAAAGAGUAUUUAAACUAUUUUUAUGCACUAUCCCUUGAUAUCUGAAAGAAUAACAUGUUCUUUGACUUAAUAACACAAGUGUCAUGUCAUUGCUGCAUCACUGCUCCAGGUAAUGUUGUUUUUGGAUUACGUUGUAUAUCAUACUAAUGUGACAAUGAGAUGCAUGUGCAUCUACUGGAUCAUUCACUGGUAAUUGUACAAUUGACAGUAAAUCUUCAUCAGUUUUCUAACUUCCAACAUCUUGGCUAGCUGAUCUGAGUAGCUACUUGCAUGACAUUGUAUAUCUCUAUAAAACAAUGCAAUAACAUAAAUCCUUGACUAUCUUUAUCUUUACAAAUGAGAUAUUCAUGGAUCUGUUUUGGAUCUGCAUUUCUAACAAAGUGUCAGAGCAGAUCUGAGGACGCAUGAGAAACAAACUAAACACAGAAACUACGUAGACCUACUUGAGCAUUGGGCAGUUCGGUUUUCUUAUGAUGUUUAUAAGAUGAGUUUACACAGACAUUCACUGAUUUUGUUAUGCUGCAGAUUUCCCUGCUUUUCAUGACAUUGGGACUUAAAUAAUGGCUGAGUUGGAGGUCAUGUACAAAACUUUGGGAUUUGUGGGAGCAAUACCAUACCGUCUCUCUUUCUUCUUCUUUUGGCUGCUCCCGUCACAAAAGCAGCUCAUCUGCCUCCAUUUCAUCCCAUCCCUAGGAUUCCCCUCUGUCACACCAACCCUCUGUUUUUUCCUCUUUCACUACCUCUGUGAAUCUUCUCUGCGGUCUGAACCUUUCCUCCUGGCCGGCAGCUCCAUCUUCAACAUCUUUGUCCAGUAUACCCACUAUCUCUACUCUGCACAUGUCCCAACCAGCGUCGCCUUUCUAACUCUGUCUCCACGUAUUCAUUUCUAAUUCUGACAGCUUGCCCUCUUGUCUUUCUGUCAUUUCUUGUCUCCAAACUAACUGCCUCUCACACCUCCACCCGCUCCACCCUGCCUUCACUCUCUUCUUUACCUCUCUUGUGCAUUGUCUGUUGCUUUGGAUGGUAGAUCCCAGGUAUUUAAACUCCUUUCACGUUUCCCAACUAUCCGACACUCUCUAUGGAACUAUAACAAAAUCACUGAAUUAUAAGACAAGGUCAAGAUCCUGUCGCAGUCUAUGCUUUGAACAGUCAUAAACUGUAUUAAUUCUUGCUGUGUACAUCUGCACAUGACUGGGAUGGCUGUAUAAUUAAAUCCUAUAAUUAAUUAAAUAUGGGCUCCAAAUA